AUGCCGGAAUUAACUGAAUUGGACAAAGCUGCGUCCUCCGAACCUACCAAAGUUGAGGCGGCAGCUGCAGCCGCUGGUUCAGGAACUGACUCGGACUCUGACGACACGAUUCCAGAGCUGGAAGAUGCUGGAGUUGCUGAAGCAGGUGGUUUUCCUGGCACGCCGGGAACAGGUUUGCCAAUUGACUCCGUCUCCAAGGCCAAGCAAAGCCGCGGGGAAAAGAAGGCCAGAAAGUUGAUGAGCAAGCUUGGACUUAAGCCAGUCCAAGGUGUCAACAGGGUGACCAUUCGAAAAUCAAAAAAUAUUCUCUUCGUCAUAAACAAACCAGACGUCUACAAGAAUCCUGCAUCCGACACCUAUAUUGUCUUUGGUGAAGCGAAGAUUGAAGAUCUGAGUCAACAAGCCCAAGUCGCUGCCGCAGAGAAAUUCAAGGCACCCGAAGUCAUCCCAGCAACCGAAGCUGGUGGCAGCACAACGGUGGUUGCACCGAUCCAAGAGGAAUCCGAGGAGGAGGAAGUGGAUGAAACGGGAGUUGAGGAGAAGGACGUUGACCUUGUUAUGUCACAAGCUAAUGUUAGCCGAGGGAAGGCCAUCAAAGCUCUGAAAAAUAAUCAAAACGACAUCGUCAAUGCGAUUAUGGAAUUAACAAUGUGAUGAAGCUGCUCACACAUUGUAUACCCAGCAGCAGACAGGCAUUCGUUGCAAGAUCAUCGUUUGAUCUUCGAUGCAUCAGUCACGUCAUCUAUCCCCUUAUCUCAUCGCAAAGAAUAAAAUUUUUCAUCCAGUAUGUACAGAAAUGUUGUCACUGGAUGUUGAAACAAAUUUACAUGUAUAUACAUUAUUCAUCAAAAAAAAUAAACUCAUAGACCGUCA